UUGUCUUUUUUCCUGAUUUUGGAGAUUAUCUCAGUUGUUAUUCAUGUUUGCUUAGGCAGAAAUUCAGGGCUGUACUGGACCACUACUUCUUUAGGAUGGACUUCCCCUAAUUAGCUCAUGUGUGUUUUCCAAUAUGCUGGUUGCAGAAUGAAUAUUUUAACCUGCUGACCCACUUAGAAGAGUUCUGGAUGCCUAGAUAAAGGUCAGAGGGGGCGUGACUCACCUGUGAGGAGUGUGUUGUCACCACCAGCUCUGGGCAGGACAGUCCCACCUGUGGUGUCCCAAUUUCCACGGCUGAUGCACAGUUGGCCCGGAUUGGCCGCACUGGUUCCCCGCCCUGCCACGGAUUGGCCAAGCCUUCCAUCUCCUCUCUCUCAUCUUCCUGGGACACCUGCACUGCACGGCUGCAGCUCCUCCACAUUGACCACAGAGGGACUGGAGGAUGCCCACGCAUCAACACUUGGUCGAUAAGAUGAGGAGACCCUCCUGCUUUGUUUUUUUGUUCUGUGGGGUAUUUUUGCCUGGAAUCCUCAGUUUUCCACAGACAAACACCUCAAUCGAUUGUGAUUCUCUGUUACCAAACUAUGAAACUGAACCACAGACAUCUGCACCACCAUAUAUUAUUGCUGUAUCUUUUGAUAACUUUGAGCCAGGAAAUGAAAUCCAAGUGACUCUAGAAGCACUUGGAGAAGCUGGUUUUAAAGGAUUUAAUCUACAAGCUCGAGAAAUAGAUGGAGAUACUCCUGUUGGUACUUUUAAAAUUACAGAUCCAAACACCAAAGGCUUGGAAUGUCAUAAUAUGACGAAUUCAGCAGUAAGUCAUGCAAAUUCAGAUGUGAAACAGAAAGUUACAACAACAUGGAUUGCUCCGCAUGAUGUUGGAGAGCUUCAAUUUAUUGCAACCGUUGUUCAAAAUCUAGAGAAUUUUUGGGUUGGAAUUCAAAGCAAAACUCUCACACCUACACAUUCUGAGUCAGUUAAUGGGACAGGAAAAAGUAAAAGGAAGCUUAUGAUAGAAGUAGAAUGUAACAAGCGUGGAGGGACUUACACAACACAAGGCCGAUGCAUCAUGGUUGGACCUUCAGGUUCCUCUCAGAGCAGCUAUUCAGGCAGUCAGGGUGGAGUAGUCUACACAAUAAGCAGCAGUGGAUGUGGCCCUGGAGGUGCUGCUGGUACAUAUGGUCAACAUGCCUGCAGAGACAGUGCAUCUUCAUCCGGCAUUUCCUAUGGCCAGUCUGUCCCUUCAAGCAGCUCUGAUUCCAGUAAGAAGGUAGUGGUCGUUGCCAACAGCAACCCUUUUCCACCUGUGCGUCAUACCUUCCCCCAGAGUUUGGGAAGUUCUGCUACAAGGAUCAUAGUACAGAGUGGACAAAGACAGCAAAGCAGCAGCAGCACUUAUAUCACGGGUUCCCAAGGCAGCCAGUCCUAUGGCCAGGGCUACAGACCUCAAGGUGGCAGUUCCUAUGGCCAGGGUGGGUCAAGUUUCUCGGGUAGCAGCAGUUCCUAUGGCCAGGGUUCCCAAGGCAGCCAGUCCUAUGGCCAGGGCUACCAGCCUCAAGGUGGCAGUUCCUAUGGACAGGGUGGAUCUUCUUCAGGUGGCAGCAGUGGUUGUGGACAAGGUGUUUCAUAUGAUAGCAAUCCCUGCCACCAGGGUGGAUCACAGAGUGGAUCACAGGGUAGUCAGGGUGGAUCAUACUCACAAAACUAUGGUGGUAGCCAACAGAGUGGAUCAUCAUCCUCACAAAAUUAUGGUAGCAACCAGGAUGGAUCCUACUCGCAAAACUAUGGUGGUGGCCAAGGUGGAUCAUCCUCCUCAGACACCUAUUAUGAUAAUCAGGAUUCACAAUAUUCCUCAGAUGAUAAUCCCAAUCCUUGUGAUGAUAAUGACACUACUUACAGUGCCAAGAGUCGGGGUUCUGGUUGUGCAAAGAAGAAAGUUCUUGUUGCCCGAGAUACAUCACACGUUUUAAGCAGAAGAGCCUAUGAUGUACAGAAUGCAUCUUCUCCUUCAAACAGCAGCCACGCUGACGUCCAGGGUGGAUCAUUUAUUGCAACCAGUGGUGGAUCAAGUAAUCAGGGUGGUUGCAUUUGUCCUGAUGGAAGCAGUGGUCAUAGACAGGGCGGCCCAGGUUCUUCCCACAGUUCUUACUCCGGUAACCAGGGAGGGUCUUCCUACUAUCCUGGUGGAUCCUACGGACAGGGAGCCCCAGGUUAUCCACACAGCACAUAUUCUGGUAACCAGGGAGGGCCUUUCUUCUAUCCCGGAGGAUCCUAUGGACAGGGCGGCCCAGGUUCUUCCCACAGUUCUUACUCCGGUAACCAGGGAGGGUCUUCCUACUAUCCUGGUGGAUCCUACGGACAGGGAGGGUCUUCUGUUUAUGAUGGUAGCAGUGAAUCCUAUGGUCAGGGUGGAUCUUCUGCAUAUAGUGGUGCUGAGUCCUAUGGCCAGGAUUCACCUUCCAUAGGAGGCAGUGAAACUGCUGAGAGUGAUUCCUCCUCACCGUCUGGUAGCCGCCAGAGUGAACGGGAUUUUUAUUCCCCAGGAGGCAGCCAGUCAGGUGGACAUGGAUCAUCUUCUCAAGGUGGUGGCUACUCAAGUGGACAGGACUCAUCGUCAUCUGGAAGCAGCCAGUAUGGUGGGCAGGGUUCAUCUUCUUCAGGAGGCAGCCAGCCUGGUGGACAGGGUGCAUGUGAUUGUUCUGGGGGAAGUUCUGGUGGAUCCCCUACCUUAGUCAGAAGUGAUGCCUCUGCAAAUGACUCAUCUUCUUCUGGAGGCAGCCAGUACAGCAGCCAAGAUUCAUAUUCCUCAGGAGCUAGCCAGUAUGGAGGACAUGGGCCAUCUUCUUAUGGAGGCAGCCAAUAUGGUGGACAAGGUUCACCUUCCUCAGGAGGCAGCCAAUAUGGUGGACAGGGUUCACCUUCUUCAGGAGGCAGUCAGUAUGGAGGACAGGGUCCAUAUUUCCCAGGUGGCAGCCAUUAUGGAGGACAGGGUGUGGCUUCUUCAGGAAGCAGCCAGUACAGUGGACAGGGCUUUUCUUCAGGAGUCAGACAGUCUGGUGGACAGGGUGGGUGUGUGUGCCCCGGUGGAGGUCCAGGCUCUUUUGGAGGAGCCAACUAUGCUGGUGGACAGGGUUCAUCGUAUUCUGGAAGCAAUCAGUAUGGUGGACAGGGAUCUUAUCCCUCAGGAAGCAGCCAGUAUGGUGGGCCGGGCUCAUAUUCUUCUGGAGGCAGACAACAUGGUAAACCAGGUUCAUCUUCCUCAGGAAGCAGUCAUCAAGGAAAGCCAGGUGGCUCUGGCUCAGGAAGCACUUAUUCUGGAAAACAGUCACCUUCCUCUGGAGGCAGUCAAGUGAGCUCUGCUGGGAAACACUCCACUCCCCGACUCCUGAUGUUAUUCAGUGUUUUGAGUGCCUUUGCUUUCUCUGCUGCUACAUCAAAAUGGUCUAUAUGAACCUCCGAAGAGCUGUUUGACAACCUAAACAUGGAUUAUAUUCCAUAUUAUUAGAUUAAUUACUUAAUGUAAGAAAAAAAAAUACCCUUAAGUCAAAUUGUCAGAUGCUACUUGGCUGUUAUGUUGCAUGUCUAGCUCAUAUGUCAUGCCUCUCAUUAGUUUACCUCUGGUUUUAGUCAUUAGUAGAUAUCAUUAGUUUUGUCAGUGUUUUAGGCAUCUUUUUAAGAGAGCAUAUUGUACCCUACCUGUAUGAUUUAUUUUUAUUUCUGAUAGAGAAUGCGAUGAACACCUGCCUGAAAUGAUUGGUGUGACAAAUGAACACUUAGAAAGUAUUUGGUUAUUAACCAAAGUGGACGAGGUCAAAUAAAUUGUUAUAGAUGCGAGCUGA